AUGGACUCAUCAAAAAUUUACAGCUAUUGGGACCAUACUUUUGCAUGGACGCCCCUUCACCAGACGAGGGAACAGUUACGAUCGAAGAGGCUCACCUAUGACAGGCUUGGGGAUGAAUGUAUCAAACAGCUCAAUGCUAUCGGCCGUCAUUUAGUUACACAAGACAGGGUAAACGAUCCAGACAGGAAGUUACCGGACCCGGACGUGUACAUCCUGCUGAAGGAACACGCAAGAGAUGAUCCGAAGCUUGGUGAACUCUGGGCACAAGUCAACACAGUGCCGGAUUGGGUCGAUUGGCAGCAAAUUAAACGGGGACAAGAGGUGUUCUUCCGUUACGGUCUUCCCAUUCUGAACGUGUUUAUCCUCCAGAUCUCUGAAUCUGUUGACGCAAUGAAGCCAGGUGGGGUUGGUAAUAUCUCAUCCAUCCGCGUUCGGCUGCUGCAUGCAUAUCUUCGUACCUUAAUUUGUACUCGGGAAAGAUAUGACACUGGGAGAUACGGAGUCCCUAUAAACGACCUUGACAGUGCUGCAACGAUUAGCAGUUUCUCAUCCGUCAUCAUCUGGCUCGGCCUCCCCCGGCAAGGUAUCUGGCUCCGCAAGCAGGAGAUAGACGAUUACUUAGCUCUCUGGAGACUGGUAGCCUACUACUUGGGAGUUCCAGACGAGCCUUUUGCUAGCCAGCAAACCGCGCGAGCGCUGAUGGAGUCUCUCCUUGUAUCGGAACUAGAUCCUACCAACACUGGUAGAUUCCUAGCUCGUAACAUACUCAACGGCUUGGAGAACAGAGCCCCAGCGCAUGCUUCAAUGGGGUUUAUGGAGGCUAUGGUUCGACAACUAAAUGGGAAACAACUCUCUGACGGCCUUCAUAUUCCUCAGCCCAAACUGUACUAUCGGGUUCUGAUAUACGGGUACUGCUUCUUUGUCAUGGCUUUAGCGUAUGGCACCCGGUGGUUUCCGAAGCUCGAUCAAAGGUUUAUCGCGUAUCGUCGUCGAUACUAUUACACCAUGAUAACCGACCGAGAGAAAGGGCUUGGGGGCGAGUCAUUUUUUGACUUCGUAUACAAGCCAUCUUAUGCAGGGCCGCUCUAUAAAGCAGUGACGGUCAAGGAGGAAGAAACAAUCCCGAAAACAUCGCGACGCGGCAUUGAAGCACUAGCCCGGCUGGGUCUUGUGGCUGCAUUUAUUACUGCUGUGACUCUGCUCAGUGGGAGUAUUUAUGUGUUUCUGUUCCUUACGCAGCAAGGUAAAGUUCUACCCCCAGCGCAAGAACAACUCGGUUCAUAUAUGUUCAGUUCAUUUCAAUUCAUAAUAGCAUCCACAACAUUAUCACCUAUACCUCCAUCCUCAAAUAACUUCACUCGGGAAGUCGGUAAAAAGGUAGGCAUCGAAAAUCAAUUUACUUCUAUACACACAUACCACCGAAUAACCACAUACCCCACACUCCUUGCAAGUGCAAGACUGUCCACAAGUGCAGGAACUCGGUCCGCUGCAACCGCAAGUGUUUCCGGAUCCGCAACCACAGCCCAUAUUGAAGAUUAG